AUGUCCUCUGCCGCCACAAAGGACGAUAAUGCCCGGGCUCACCCAGCCGUCAAGGGCCCCAGUGCCCUUCGUUCCAUUCUCGCUGGUGCGACUGCCGGCGCCGUCGAGAUUGUCGCCAAGACUCGCACCCAGCUCAACCGCAGGUUAGCCGAGGGUCAGAAGCUCCCAUGGCCGCCCUUUGGUGCGCAAUGGUAUGCCGGCUGCACAACUCUGAUUAUCGGCAACUCCCUCAAGGCGGGCAUUCGAUUCGUCGCCUUUGACCAGUACAAGAAGCUCCUCUCCGAUUCCAACGGCAAGCUCUCUGGGCCAGGCACCGUCCUCGCCGGUUUUGGUGCCGGUGUGACUGAGUCACUGCUGGCCGUGACGCCAACCGAGAGCAUCAAGACCACGCUCAUCGACGACCGCAAGUCCGCCAAGCCUCGUCUCCGCGGCUUCCUCGACGCCGUCCCUGUCAUCUACCGCGAGCGCGGCAUUCGCGGUUUCUUCCAGGGUUUCGUCCCCACCACCGCGCGACAAGCCGCCAACAGCGCCACCCGUUUCUCAACUUAUACCGCCCUCAAGCAGCUGGCCGAAAGCUACACGGCGCCCGGGGAGAAGCUCGGUGCUGUUGGAACCUUCGCCAUGGGCGGUAUCGCGGGUCUGAUCACCGUCUACGUCACUCAGCCAUUGGAUACGAUCAAGACGAGAAUGCAGAGUAUCGAGGCCAAGCAGCUUUACGGUAACUCGUUCAGGUGCGCCAGCAUGAUCUUCAAGCAGGAGGGCGUUUUGACUUUCUGGAGCGGUGCGCUGCCGCGGUUGGCGAGACUGAUUUUGAGUGGUGGUAUUGUGUUCACCAUGUACGAGAAGAGCAUGGAUCUGUUUGACAGGCUCGAUCCGGAGAGAAAGUAUAUCUAAUGGGAUUGUCACGAGCGAGGGCGUUGAGGCGUCUUUUUUAACGUAAUGAUGGAUGAAGACAAUGGAACAACUACAAGAGACGGACCAGGAGAGAAAGACGGACAGACGAAACUCACGAGACCAGCGACGACAGGACGAACGCACCUAAUGGCAUAGGUAGACAAAAGCUGUAUAUAUGUUUGACACAGGUAUAUACCCAAGACGUACAGACAAAUGUGAAACUUUUUCCCUUUCCGGCAAAUGCCAUUGCAACCGGUCGCAACGAGCCUUUGCUCUAGCCCAUCAUAUGUACCAGGCUUUUAUUUCUUUUAGGUAUCCCAGACUCCAGACGCCUGCCUGCCCAUGAACCACACAUGCAAUUCAGUAUUUGUACAGAAGUAAUCUUACACUCCUCCUCUCCUCUCCUCUCCUUCCAGCCUCAUCUUACGACUGGAAGCGAAUGAUACCUCCCAGCCUCUUGGCCAUCCUGCCAAGGAAGGUCCUGUUCGGCGCCUCCUCAAGCUCCUUGGUCAAAUCGGUAUAAUACUUGGGGUUACUCUUGGGCCUGAGAAGCUCGCCAGUAAUGC